GAAACUUUCCUCGCGCUCGCGUCAAGCUCUAGAGAAGAAGUAUUUUGUGCGGUCCUAAGACAUCUGUGUCGCGCCCCGCACGCGUCCUGCGCUCAUACCUCCGUUUUCUCCGAAGAAAAGCCACUCACGCGGAUACGAUGCUAAAGCAAGAGCCUAUCGAAGCCGAAAUUGAUCUCACAGGCGACAGCACGCCCCUAAAACGCGAACGGUCGCCUAUCGACAUUGACAUGCUCUCUGUGGGGAACAAGGACGUGCCUAUCGUCAUCAUCGAUUCAGAUUCAGAUGCGGAGGUCGACAUGCAGAUGGACGAGGACGAUGAGGGGGCUAGGGACGAGCUCAUGGAGGACAAAACCGAGGAGUCGGAACUGGAGUAUAUGGAGGUCCAGCCAAAAGCACAGGAGAAGACUGUCGAUGCUGAAGAUGACGAAGUAGAGGAAGAGCCAACUGGCUACCUACCGGAGGAGGCUUCGAAAGAGCCAUCGGAGGAUCCGCCAGGCGAAGCUUCGAAAGAUUUGUUGCGCGAGUCGUCAGAGGAACCGUCGCGGGAACUGUCGAAAGAAUCGACGCAAGAAGUUUACUCUGUAGUCUCGACGAGAGUGCCAUCUACGGAACCUGAGGAGCAAGAGCAGCUCAAAGCGAAAGCAGAAGUUAUGGCUGAAAGGUCCUCGGAACGGAGUGAGUCAAGAGAAAUUCCAACAGAAACCCUGGAGAAGUCUCCCACGCCGGACCCAUUUGAACAGGCACGACGCGAUUCGACACCCGCUCCGGGCACACCACCCGACGAGAGAGCGCCUGCAGGAGAAGACCGUGAGGCAACGCCGAGACCGCAGGUGCCCAUAUCGCCCGUGCCCUCGUUGUCGUCGUCGUCGUCGUCUUCAGGCCCGGAAGAGCCAGACGAGGCGACAGCACGCCAUAUCGACUUCUUACGCCCAAAGCCCAACGAGUUCAUGCUACCGGCAACACAACCCGCGCCCUUGAGCACCAAGAAGCGCGCAUUCGCUGCCGUGGCCGCGGACGCCCCUCCUCCUCCAAGCUCGCUGCCGACGCCGAAACCUGUUCCGCGUCGGCGCGAGUUUCUUCGCACGCCCGUGAGCAAGCCUACGCCAGUAACUGUUCCGCUACUGCGCGUGUCGGGCUCGACAUCUACUGCGAAAGAGACGAGUGAGCGCCCGGACAGCAUAUCUUCGGACGAGGACGCGCGCCAGGCCAAGCGCGUCAAGACGACCACAUCGCCCACCGCAAUAAAGCGUGCGCCUGUGCAGACCCCGCGCUCGACCUCGCAGGGGCCGGGUGCGACGCAGCACGUGAAAACGUCGCGUCGGCCCACGAAGCACGCCGAGCAUUGGCACAUCGACGGGAGUGUUGUGCUCCAGCUGGGCGGCGUCGCGUUCCGGCUGCACCGCUCGCGGCUCUCGCAGCAGAGCACGUUCCUGGCAAAGCUCUUUCACGAUGGACGCGAGGGCCGGGAAAUCAUCAACGUUGUGUUUGAAGAACGCGUCACUCGGGCGAAGAGACAGGGGAGCAUGGACGACCAGCCGCUCUACGUCAUCGACGGCGUCGCGCCGGAUGAUUUUGCGAAGCUGCUCAACGCGUUAGACAAUGCGAUAAACUACAUCUUCCAACCUCCCGAGUUCCCCGACCUCGCAGCGCUCCUACGCGCCUCACUCGCGCUCUCCUUCACUGCCCUGUCGACCUUCGCGACGCGCACACUGGAGACGAUGUGGCCAUCGUCGAUGCCGACGCUAGCCGUUCACCCGAACGCCAAACACGCCGAAGAGACGGUCGUGCUCGCACGGACCUGCGGCUUGCCGUCACUGCUGAAGAGUGCCUUCUACGAGCUCCUGCGCGCGCCGGGGCUGGGACAGAGCGUCGAGCAGGAGUUCCUGCUCGACGGUGCAAACGAAGAGCGCGCGCGCCGCAAGGUCCCGCCCGCGGACCUUGCGCGGCUCAUCAAGACGCGAGAGGAGCUUGCCGCGCAAUGGGCGCGCGCAGCAGCGCUGCCACCAGACCCCCGCGAGUUCGGCUGUUCUUCUUUCGGUGGUAGGCAGUGUGCCGUGACGACUGUGGACGCGGUGCGCCUCUGGCGCGAGGCCGUGCACGCGAGCGACCUGUACAUUGAGUACAUGCACGACCCUAUCGCGGGUCUCGAACGCUUGUGCGAUCUCGGCUGGGUAGAGCUUGGCUUCUGUAAGAAUUGCGUCGGAGCGUGGUGCGCAAGCUGGGCGAGGCAGCGGGAGAAGGUGUGGGCGAACUUGGAGUUGUGGUUGGAGUUGCCGAGGAAGGAAGAAGAGGAGGAGCUAUGAUAUGUGACGAGGGGCCAGUGGCAUGCGAUCGUUUGUCUUUUCGACUUCUUGGGAUAGUGUAAUUAGGCUGAGGCGAACGUAUGUUUCUUCUUGAUUCCUUCUGGACGAGCGGGCUUAGGCAAAUGAUAGCGUCUCGCCCUGUGCGUGUGGGUGCUGACAUUAAUUAUCUCAGGCACAGCAGAUAAGUCUUGUGGUGCGAGAAGAAUGAACCAAUAAAUGUCAAAUCACUAUUGCGCGCAGAUGUACGUGACGCGAAUCCUCACCCAUACCCUCUGGUCUAAUUUCUAGCAAGGUUAUGUUUACACUCCGUAGACCCAAUCAAUCGUGAAUACUCUAAGUUACAACGCUAUCGCUCGUCGGGACUUUUAGUCUAGUUAGAGCAGCGAAAAGGCGACUAUUUCUCGGCCGCCUGCCUACGGUGACUACCCGCGGCAACAACAUAAGGCAUCUGACUCAUAAUGCCGCCCUGAGAGUCCGGGCGGGGCAUCGGGUGGGGACGCUUGAAGACGCCUCUACACCCCACCGAGGUGCGGUCGCCAUGUGCUACCUGUAACAGGCCCCCGAGCCACCGAAUUCUUCGUCGCAAGCGCAACACGCUG